AAAUCAUGUGGCGCCCUCGUUUGCGGCAUUUACGGUUCGUGCGUAUUGCGUUGCGAAGUUCCUAUCCUGUAUUCUGCCGGCCAAUUUCAUGUUGCUGUCAUCCUUUAUAGCACAACUUUGCUCGUUAAGCUAAAGCAAAGUGGUACGAACCCAGUAUGAGUCGUGUGAAAAUUCCAAAGAAAGUAUCCGCUGGAUUUCACACUGACAUGAACAUGCUCUUACGAAAUUUUAUGUCAGUGGAAAGUCUACGAUACAAUGCAUUCUCCAAAGUCUGGAGGGAGGCAAAGUUUUCUCUGGUGUUUUGUGGUCGGAAGGACCGUGAACUUCGUCUGUUCUUCGAAGAAAUCGUUCCCGUCAUACUGCAGUUAUGGCUUCCCACUUGCUCAUUCCGAGAGAGAGUGUUUGGUCUUUACAUGCUGUAUGCGGUCUACACCAUGCAGCCAACGGUGCCGAAAUUGAAGAUAAGACUCAGACUGUCGGACUGGGAGCAGUCAGAGGUGCUCUUGCGGAUAGCCAGCAGAGAGCAGCACUUGGAUGCUUGCUACCUCCUCUACAGAAUGCGCUUGGAGAAGUGCUUUCACUUUGUUGCCCUCUUGAGACAGAGGAGCCCUGUGAUGUACCAUGGUCAAGAGGAGGAUGUCAGUACACUUGCUGCAGCCAGCGCCAAGGUGUUUUCUCCACUGGAGAGGAUGACUAAAAGUGGCACACUCCAGCAACUGUCGCUGAUUCAUCGACAGUACGUAGCAAUGAAGUCUGCUCAAGAAACACCUGAAGUGAGAGAUCUGGCCAUCGUCAAAGAAGAUAUCUAUGAAGGUCUUUGCAGGGAAGUUGCUGUGCUUCAAGCCAAGUAUCGAAGUCUGCAAGAGCAGGCUGCAGGCGUGGUCCGCAAGGACAGAAGAAUCUCCAACAACAAAGGGGAAAGCGUGGCUGCAAGGCGUCAAAGACUACGAACGCAGCAGUUCAGCACAGUGACCAAAACUCGCAAGGGAAAGCGCUUCGCAGAGCUCUUGCACGAAGACUCGUCCACGACCAGAUGCGAUGACGAAAGCAUUCUAGAGUCCACAGAAAGCACCAGCCCCACUGCAAAGCGUGCGAAAAAGCAGUCUGUACUACGAAAAACGGCGCAGGCAUCGAAGUCUGCUAGUGCUGCCAAGGGUGACGAGGAACCAAGGAGAGGACGCAGAAAAUCAAGAAGCGAGAAGCCAAGUCAAGAAGGGGACUAAGCAACAGCUGGGCAGAACUUUGUAUAGAAUUGUAGUUUGAAAGUGACGGGACUAUUUAUUUUUUUCCCAUAAGUCUGUCUUCAGGGAACAGUGGCCACUGGCUAUUGUUUUCUUUUUGUUCAUCAAAACGAAUGGUAAAAGCCUUGGUGUAAAACACUUUAAUAAUAUGUAUGAAAUCUAAUGGACAAAAUUGGAUUCUUUCGUGGAUCUGCUCCACUGUCUUGAUAUUUCAUUCAUUGCAGCUCCCAUUAGUGUACUACAUUGGGCUUGUACAGUUUCUACUGCAUUAAUUCUUUUCAUCAGUUCAGAGUUACAUGGCAAAGUACGCCUAUGUCCUUUUAAUAGCUUGUUUUGAUGUCAGAGGUUAUGCCUUCUGCAUGUAUAUCACAUUGUUGCUAGUCAAGCACUGUCAGUGAGAAUAGUCAAAAGCCUUCUACGUUACUAUGCAAGUUCAUACAUUAAAACCUAUACUGCUACAUGUCUGCAUAUAUUACUUGGUGACACCUUUCUAUUUUUUUGUUUUUGUUGUGUGUGUGUGUGUGUGUGUGUGUGUGUGUGUGUGUGUGUGUGUGUGUGUGUGUGUGUGUGUGUGUGUGUGUGUGUGUGUGUGUGUGCAUUUUGUUAAUGCAUUCAAUGACUUUUAUGCAAACAUGCUUUCAUUGAAAUUAUUGCAUGCAACAAAGUCCUUUUUGUUACUAGGCAUCAAGCACAAUACAGAAUCUCUGAACAUAUGCUAAAUAGCAUGUUUGUGUGUGGUUUUGACAUACUAAAGCCAGCAGCUCUGUAUACGUUGCAAGCUUCCAAUGGGGCCUAGGCAAAAGAGAUGGCAUGUCCGGUGUUGACUGCAAUAAAGUGUGCAGUAUCUUCCAUAAUUUUUUUUACAGUUGUAAGGAAAAGGUAGCAGCUCCUCAUUCAUAAGGACAGCCGAAGUGCAAGUGGAGGAAUUGACAAGGCAGGGAUUUAGAAGACAUGGGAAUGAACUUGAAUAAGGUGGUCUCAUGAUAUUCGAUAAAAGCUAGCCACAUGUCAAGUGCCCCAUCGUUAAAGAAAGAAAAAAAAAAACAGGAAAUGAAAAUGGUUCUUAUUUAAGGCAAUUAGGGCAUACUUUUUUUUUUUAAUACAGAAAAAAGCAAGUGAAUCUUUUGAGUCUGAAUGAAGUGCCGAAUUCUUACACGUGGCGCUGUAGUUGCAAAGCACAGUCCUUGAAGCAGGCACGAUGCUUUCUUUGUCAAACCAAUGAGAGUGUGCUAUGUGAGAAGAACUCUAGUGGCUUAUUGUGUACGCCCCUUUUCAAGGCCAACUGCAAAGAAACUUUGCACCGCUUAAAAUAAGCCUAGAUUCAUCAUGGAAAGCUAGCUAAAAUAGCUACAUUUUUUUAUACCGAAAGUGAGAAAGAGCACCACCCUCAAAGUAUGCUGGAAGUGCAGCAGAACCCAUUACAUUGAGAAGCAGCAUGGGGCCUGGGCAUGGCACAGCUAUGUGCUUAGAAUCUCGGAUGCAAUGUUUGGAAUAUGCAUAAUACUAAACGAUCAAGUGGCCGUUUCAUCUGCUUAAGUGCUACUUAAAGGCUGUGAAUAAAAGAAAUUGACAAUUACCAG